UCGCCGUGCUGGUGCCAACAAGAGCACAUCACAUUUUUAAGCAUAUCGCAGCCUCUGCCGAUCAGACAUGCCGCAUCUGGCAACUCGCUCUGAGAGAUCGUCCCAGUCUCCGGUCCAAGCACCAUCACGUCAAAGACAUGCGACAUGGUGCUGAAAACCAACACACAUGACGCGUUGGCUAACGAGCAAUACUAGUUUACUCCCUCUCCUGCUUUUUGCUUUGUUCCUGCUUCUGUUCCUGGAUUUCUCUACCAAUAAUCGUCUUCCGUGCCUGUCAGACCCAGCAAGGGCAACUCAGCCGCAAGGCUUGGACGUCACACGCCUAAACCCGCAAACCACCACUCUACAACAACUCGCUAUCGAAGCUAAGCCCCAGGAUUCACGCUUGCAACUUGACUUGGAGGCCCCUAAAUCGCAAGGCAAGCAGCGAUUGGGCUGAGAUAGCAACUGCUAAAGGCACUUUUAAGCCAGUGCACCGGGCGGCUGUGUAAGCAC